AUGAAGGGCCUUGUUUUCCGAGGCAAGGGCGACUUCGGCGUCGAAGAGCGCCCCAAGCCGCAAGUGGUCCGCCCGGGCGACGCCGUCGUCAAGCUCGCAAAGUCCACUAUCUGCGGCACGGACCUGCACAUCUUGAAGGGCGACGUGCCGACCGUCGCGCCGGGGCGCAUCCUCGGGCACGAGGGCCUCGGCACCGUCGAGUCCGUCGGGCCCGGCGUCGCCGCGUUCAGGCCCGGCGACCGCGUCAUCAUCUCGUGCAUCACCGCCUGCGCGACGUGCGCCGCCUGCCAGAAGGGGAUGCCCUCGCACUGCGCGACGGGCGGGUGGGUCCUCGGCAACACGAUCGACGGGACGCAGGCGGAGUACGUGCGCAUCCCGCACGCGGACACGAGCCUGCACCGCGCGCCCGCGGGCGUGAGCGAGGACGGGCUGGUGAUGAUCAGCGAUAUACUCCCGACGGCGAUGGAGUGCGGGACGCUGAACGGGAAGGUGCGGCCGGGCGCGACGGUGGGCGUCGUCGGCGCGGGCCCGGUCGGGCUCGCGGCGCUGCUGACGGCGCAGCUGUACUCGCCGAUGAAGAUUAUCAUGAUUGACGUCGACGAAAACCGGCUGAAGGUGGCAGAGUCGCUGGGCGCGACGCAUACAGUCGUGUCGGGGCCGGACGCGGUGAAGAGGGUGAUGGACAUCACGGAGGGCGCGGGUGUGGACACGGCGAUCGAGGCGGUGGGCGUGCCGGCGACGUUCGAUCUGUCGCAGGAGAUUAUCGCGGUCGGGGGCAACAUCGCGAACGUCGGUGUCCAUGGAGGAAAGGUCGACUUGCACCUCGAAAAGCUGUGGGACCGGAAUAUCUCCAUAACCACCCGACUCGUCGACGCAGUCACGUCCCCCACGCUCAUCAAGCUCGUCGAGGCGGGCAAGAUCAAUCCCACUAAACUGACGACUCACAACUUCAAGUUUUCGGACAUCGAGCAAGCAUAUUCAUCCUUCGCCGCCGCUGCAGCGAACAAGGCACUGAAAGUCAUCAUCGACUUUGAAUGA